GUCUGGGUGGGGUCAAAGUUCGCUACAAGCGGCAGGCACUUCAGGACAUGGCGAGGCCGCUGAAGCAGUGGCUGUACCAACACAGGGACAACCCCUACCCCACCAAGACAGAGAAGACCCUGCUCGCCCUGGGGUCCCACAUGACUUUAGUACAGGUCUCAAACUGGUUUGCCAAUGCCCGGCGGAGGCUGAAGAACACAGUGAGACAGCCAGACCUGAGUUGGGCUCUACGUAUCAAACUCUACAACAAAUACGUUCAGGGCAACGCUGAGAGACUUAGUGUCAGCAGUGAUGACACCAACUCUGAGGACGACGAAUGUCCCUUACAAACUCCAGCAAAUCAAUCAGAGAUCUCCAGGCCCUCCCUCAAGAGUGUCAUCAAACAGGAGAAAAGGACUGAUCCCGCCUACAGUGACGACUACAUCUCUCCACCGCCCAAGUACAAGAGCAGCUUGCUGAAACGGUACCUUAACGACACCCUACGACACGUAAUGGCGACCACUGAUGACGUCACAAAGUCCCGCCGCAGGAACCACUCAGGGUCGUUCAGCUCCAACGAGUGUGACGAUGACCUUGUCUCGCCCUCUUCCUCCGAGGCAGAGACACGCUUUGUCUACCCUAUGUACAUGAUGGACUUUGCAUCAACUAGAUGUGACAGUGAUGGGAAGAGUGAAAGAGGCCAGCGGAGGGAGGUGGCAGAGUGGAGGGAGAUCCACGCUGCCAUGGCUCUGUCUAACUUGGCCCAGGGGCAGAGCUGUGCCACAGGGCCCACCACCACCAGCUGUGCCACAGGGCCCUCCUCCACCACCAGCUGCGCCACAGGGCCCUCCACCACCAGCUGCGCCACAGGGCCCUCCUCCACCACCAGCUGCGCCACAGGGCCCACCCCCACCAGUUGCAUCAUCCAGAAGUCUUCCCACAUCUCCGAGAUAAAGACUGUCAAAGUGGUCUAGACACUGAUCACUCAAUGUCUAGACACUAUUUCCCUCUAGGGGCAGAUCUAGGAUCAGCUUCUCCUCCUCCAAUCCUAUCCUUAAUAAUUAGCGAGGAAAAUGCAAAACUGAACCAAGAUCAGCGUCUAGGGGCAUCUUCAACCUACACCGUCUGGACCAUGGCCAAUCUGGUCACUUGAAUCAAUUUGAAUUACAAAAGGCAACCUGUAAUUUAUAUUUUACAUUUUUACAACCUAAAUGUUAAAUUGUGGUAAAAAAAAAAAAAAAAAUUCAAGACUUAACACAAGUGUAGAGGGACUGCAGUAAAAAAACAGUGUUGACCAACUUUGCAAAGUUACCUACUCUGUCAAAGUGUUUCAACGUGUUUUCGAUUUUGAUGUGAGAGGAAUCUGAAAGGACAAAUUGCUACCUUGAUGUAAAUGUAAAUAUUUUUUUAUUUAACCUUUAUUUAACUUGGCAUGUCAGUUAAGAACAAAUUCUU